GCAGAAGUUUAGGAAAAGACUCGAGGCUAAAGCGAUUGCGUGAUUGCAGUGAAUGACGAACUAAUUGUGCAUUUUGCGGGGCCAUUGAAAAGUUCCACAUUCGGGGUCUGAACUACCCUUGAGAAGCUUUAGCAAUCCUUUAACGGUCCCUACCUACCUAGGAACAAUACCUAAGGUAAGAUACCUAUCCUUUAUUAGUUACGCUGUCGCCAUUGUCUACAUAGUAGAAUUCCCGCUUUUCCUUUUUUUUCAAUGCCGGGGAAAAUUUAUCUCUAGCGCAGGGUCUUAUUUUAUAUGUAGAGAGGUUUGGCCAUCAUGUCGUUUCUCUUUGGAAAAGCAGACUCUUCUGCUUCCAAAUCAGAGUCCGACAUGGCGACGCAGAAUAUCCAGAUUCGCACGCCUGAAGAGGCAGUGGCGCGAAUCGCAUACCUUGCCAGCGAUGUCAUUGUCUCCGUACAACCGUCACGCGGUCAAGACUCGGCAUUCUCUUCUCACCUUAAGAGAUACGCCGAGCGAAAGGACCCCAAUCUAGUCACUAAGACAGAAGGUUCCGUGCCAGAGGUCCAAUCUAUUCGACACAAUAACGAUCCCCUUCUCUCCGUCUUCGCUCCAAUUCGCUCUGGUCGUCUGACCUCUGUCACUACCACUUCAGCUAUUCUCCUCCCUUCCAUUGCGCACUUAUACAAGCUAGCGAAUUAUCCAGUCGUCAUCCAUGUUUCUCUACACCCAGCUAACUUCCCCGAUUAUUCUUCCAUCACUGCUAUCAGGAAUUCGGGAUGGACAUUCUUGCAGUCUGAGUCGCUUCAGGAAGCACAGGAUAUGGCCACCACGGCCCAUGCUUUGGCCGUGCGUUCUGGAAAAGGCGUCAUCCACUUCUUCGAUCCAAGUGCUUCUUCCCACGACAAGCCGAUCGCUACAGAGGAUUCCGCAUUAGUUCGUGACCUUUUAAACUUGGACAACGUCCGCCGAUACCAAGCUAGCUCUGCCGCAGAGUCCGGCAUAUACGCCGACGACGGGAGAGUCGUUUAUGCCUCGGAUCAACCCGAACGACGACCCAGCUCUACAUCUAACGCUCUGGCCGACUCGACUAUUCUAAGCGCUGCUUCGAAAGCAGCAUCUUCAGAAGGCUCGGACAAGUCUAGCCAGCAAAGCAACUCCAGCGCCCCUCCGAGCGUAUCUUCAGCCACAACAAUCGAUGCUGCACCACCCCUCCUUACAUCUGAGGAUAUUUACAAAUACGUUACCUCGAUAUGGGCUCAGCUGAAGGCCGCUACUGGGCGUGCUUACAAUCCCUUCGAGUGGUCUGGCCCGGCAACCGCAGAGAAUGCGAUUUUUGUGUUUGGCUCUGACGCGGGUCUAUUCGGCGAGGCGCUUGAUGCGGCUAAGCCCGACGACAUCUACGCUAAGGCUGGAUUAAUCACUGUUAGAUUAUACCGCCCGUGGUUAGGAUCAAAGCUUAUUGAGGCUAUUCCGAAAUCCGUGAAACGCAUUGCCGUGUUGGAACAGAUUUCGCGAAAAACCACAAAAUGGGGGCCUUUACUAAUCGAUGUUCUAACGUCAGUAAAAAGCGGCUUUGGUGGCGUCGAGACUGUUGUUGGCCAUCAAUUAGGAUAUAUCACUCCCGAUACUAUCCAUCAGGCCCUUAGAGGUAUCUUCCAGAAUCUUACUUCUGAGAAGCCGCUACAAAACUUGGAAGUAGGGAAGACAAAUGGCCCAGAAGAGCCUAAGGACCACGGCCUAGAACAACCCAAAUUAGAAACCGCUUACACGAAAAUCCUCGAUCAACUGUUUGGCAACCGAGUCUACGUAGCGAACGCCCUCAAUUCGAACAAUGCUGGCGUUUCGGCCACGAUAGCAGCCAGCCCUGAAUUUGGAUUCGGAUCUCUCUUGGCCCGAAAGGAGCAUCGCCAAAGGUUCGUCAAGGAGGUCAAGCAAGCCGCUAGCACCGGGUCUUUCGUUACUGAAGCCCCAGUCGAUUGGUUGGCAAAGUGGGCCGCAAAUGCUGAAGAUGCUAAACAAGCUGGAGAGCUUGCAGACGAUGUUAUUGCACGACUUGAGACGGAUGGAUCGUCAGUUGCGCGUGAUCUGCUGUCAAGCAAGGGCCUAUUCCGGAAAGAGUCUUUGUGGCUUGUUGGGUCUGAUGCUUGGGCAUAUGAUCUUGGAAAUUCUGGUGUACACCAUGUCCUAGCAUCUGGAGAAAAUGUGAACAUGCUUAUCAUCGACUCGACUCCUUACUCGGAACGGGCCGCAGCGGAUGCCGAGAGGCGAAAGAAGGAUAUCGGCCUAUACGCGAUGAACUUCGGCAACGCUUAUGUCGCCUCCACUGCCGUCUACAGUUCAUACACCCAAGUUCUCCAAGCUAUGCUCGAAGCCGACAAGUUCAACGGUCCUUCAGUCGUUCUUGCAUACCUUCCAUACUUCGGCGAACACGACUCCCCGUUGACCGUUUUGCAAGAGACCAAGAAGGCAGUAGAUCUCGGCUACUGGCCGCUGUACAGAUGGAACCCUGAGAACGAAGAGAAGGGAGAGCCUAACUUCUCUCUCGAUUCCGAACGGGUUAAGAAUGAACUGAAAGAGUUCCUAGCAAGAGAUAACAAACUAACCCAACUGAUGCGACGCGAGCCGGUAUUUGCUGCCAGUCUGUCUCAGGAUUUUGGCACGGAGGUUCGCGCACAACAGAAGCGAAAGGCCCGAGACGCGUACAACCAGUUAUUGGAAGGUCUCUUCGGUGCGCCGCUGACAAUUCUAUUUGCUUCUGAUAAUGGAAAUGCGCAGUCGUUGGCUAAGCGGCUUGGAACCAGAGGUCGCGCCAGAGGUUUGAAGACUGUCGUGAUGGCGAUGGAGGAUUAUCCCGUUGAAGAUCUCCCCAAGGAAGAGAAUAUUGUACUGAUCACUUCGACGGCCGGUCAGGGAGAAUUCCCCCAAAACGGAAAGCCUUUCUGGGACGCCAUCAAGGAUAAUACCGAUUUGGACCUUGCAUCAGUGAACUACUCGGUUUUCGGUCUUGGAGAUAAGCAUUAUUGGCCGCGGAAAGAAGACAGGGUUUACUACAACAAGCCUGCUAAAGACCUUGAUAGAUUAUUCGCGAACUUUGGUGCCAAGCAACUUGCUGAAAUCGGACUUGGUGACGACCAAGAUCCUGAUGGAUACCAGACUGGAUAUGCACUCUGGGAACCCAAGAUAUGGCAAGCACUUGGUGUGGCAGACAUCGAAGGCUUACCCGAGGAACCAGCACCGCUGACAAAUGAGGAUAUCAAGUUAGCCUCAAACUAUCUUCGAGGCACUAUCGCGGAGGGUUUGAGAGAUACCACCACUGGCGCUAUCUCUGCCUCUGACCAACAGCUUACCAAGUUCCAUGGUACCUAUAUGCAAGACGAUCGAGAUGUUCGUGAUGAACGGAAAGCCCAGGGAUUAGAACCUGCCUAUUCGUUCAUGAUUCGUUGUAGGUUACCUGGUGGUGUGGCUACACCAAAGCAAUGGAUCCAGAUGGACGACAUUAGCACGAGCCUUGGAAACGAGACUAUGAAGCUCACUACGAGGCAAACAUUCCAAUUCCACGGCGUAGUCAAGGGAAAGCUUAAGCCAGCAAUGCAAGCUAUAAACAGGUCUUUAAUGACCACGAUUGCUGCCUGCGGUGAUGUUAACCGAAACGUCAUGUGCAGUUCUCUUCCCACUCAAUCUCAGUACCACAAACAAGUCUGGGCAUGCUCGAAGAAGAUUAGCAACCACCUUCUACCGUCUACUACCGCAUACCACGAGAUCUGGCUCACAGAUGACAACAACGAGAAGACUCAAGUUGCCGGUAAUGCAGUUCAAGACUUUGAGCCCCUCUACGGUCCGACUUAUCUUCCUCGAAAGUUCAAGGUUACAAUCGCCAUUCCGCCGCACAAUGAUACGGAUGUCUACGCUCACGAUAUCGGCCUUAUUGCCAUUAAAGGCGACGACGGCCAAUUAGAGGGUUUUAACGUCCUUGCUGGAGGAGGAAUGGGUGCAACCCACAAUAACAAGAAAACCUAUCCCCAGACCGGUCGUAUGAUGGGCUUCGUCAAGACUGAUGACGUCCAUAUUGCUUGUGAGAAAAUUAUGCUCGUGCAGAGAGACCACGGCGACCGCAAGAACCGAAAGCACGCUCGACUAAAGUAUACCAUUGACGAUAUGGGUGUUGAUGUUUUCCGUUCUAAGGUCGAGGCCUUAUGGGGCAAGACCUUCGAACCAGAACGUCCGUUCCACUUUAAGAGCAACGUUGACACCUUCGGCUGGCAGAAGGAUGAAACUGGAAUGAACCACUUCACUUUCUUUAUCGAGAACGGCCGAAUCGAAAACACGGCCGAUUUCCAGAUGAAGACCGGUCUGCGCGAGAUUGCCAAGGUUCACAAGGGCGAGUUCAGAUUAACGGGCAAUCAACAUCUAAUUCUUAGCAAUGUUGCAGAUGAAGAUCUUCCGCAGAUGAAGGAGCUUCUGAAGAAGUAUAAGCUAGACAACGUCCAGUUCUCUGGAUUACGUCUCAGCUCCUCGGCCUGUGUCGCCUUCCCCACCUGCGGUCUCGCUAUGGCCGAAAGUGAACGUUAUCUGCCCCAACUCAUCACCAAGCUUGAGGACUGCCUUGAGGAGAACGGUCUAGGAAAGGAGUCCAUUGUUAUGCGUAUGACAGGAUGUCCUAACGGAUGCGCGCGACCUUGGCUGGCUGAAGUUGCCUUCGUUGGUAAAGCAUACGGUGCUUAUAACAUGUACCUCGGCGGUGGAUACCACGGACAGCGGCUGAACAAGCUAUACCGGUCAAGUAUCAAGGAAGACGAGAUAUUAGCCAUUAUGAAGCCAUUGCUCAAGCGAUAUGCCUUAGAGCGCGAAGAAGGCGAACAUUUUGGUGACUUCUGUAUCCGAGCUGGUAUCAUCGUAGCCACCAAGGGAGGACAAGAUUUCCACGACAACGUAAGUGAAGAUCUCCUGAAACUCAGAUAGACAUUGCCGUUGCUAACAUGCACAUUCCAGGUCGCCGAGGAAGACUUCGAGGAUGAAUGAUCUUUUCUAUCAUCUAAAUAAAUACCAGAGCAUGAAUUGUUAAAGCAUUGCAUCAAGGAGUGGCGUUAGAGGAGCCAUGUAUAUAUUUGGAUUGGGAUGUAUAGCCACACUUAAAACAGGUGUCACGCUAAGGAACUCGAUGUCUUUCAUAGAACGACAGGGUUUCUGAAUUGUCAAUAAAAGAAACAUAUUUGAAGUUUAA